AUGCUCGCUCGUGCCGGCGCCUCGCGAGCGCUCCUUCGCGCUGUCGACGGUGAAAACAUCGUCGUCGUCGACGAUUUGUUGCCGACACACGUCGCGACCGCGAUGAGAGAAGAUCUCGAGAGCGUCGACGACGCAACUUGGGAGCGCGCGCGGCUAGACUAUGAAGAAGUCACGCAUGAUUUCGACGCGACGACGAGCGCGGAGGCGGUGAAUCAGUUCACGCGCGUGGCUUUCGCGUUACAACGCGCGGCGCAGGCGGCGGCGGCGAGCGGGACAGGACAGGCACACGAGACGGAUUUCGAUCAGCUUUACCCGAGCUUCACCGCGAGUCGAUACGUCAAACGAGAUGGAAUUGAGCCGCAUGACGACGUCGCGUUCGUGCCCGUCGAGCUCGCAGACGGUGGGUACGAAGUGCACGCGAGAGCGUUCGCGGGCGUGUAUUACUUGACGCCCGACGACUGGGACGUCGAGGUAGACGGCGGCGCGCUCGAGGAUCUCGAGAGCGAAAACGGGCGUUUGAUCGAGCCCAAGUUCAAUCGGUUCGUGUGCUUCAGCGUUCCCAGGUCGCACGCCGUGCGGGAGGUGAAAUCGGAAACCAAGACGCGGCGCUCGAUUUUCGGUUGGUGGUAUCGUCCAGCGCGCGAGGACGAGGUCCCCAAUGACUACUUUGACGACACCGACGACGAGAACGAAGAGGAGGGCGAAAAUAAUGAUUAUGACCAGAGCGAAGCCGCGGUGGUUCCAGCGAAGCGUCGAAAAUCUUGA